GUUGAUAACAUGGAAGAGAUCGCUCUAUAUGCGCUGCACGUCGAGGAUGAUCCUUCACUCAACCCAUGGACGUUUCGAAUGUGGUUCCUAGGCCUUGGACUGUCAUGUUUCUCAUCCGUGCUAGCUACUAUCUACAAUUUCAAACCCCAGGGGAUUUCUCUUUCAGCAACGUUCCUCUGUGUGGUCAGUUAUGUCCUUGCGCUGAUGAUGCAGUUUAUUAUCCCUAAAUCUGGGUUCAUCGGCCGUUGGCUCAACCCUCAUUCCUUCAACCAUAAAGAGCACGCCGCGAUUCUUAUCAUGUCUUCUACUGCUGCUCGUUCAGCCAUGGCGGCCGAGGUCAUCGCGGUUCAGAGACUAUGGUACACGAAGACACCCAAUGCAGCUGUCUGCAUCUUCCUGAUAUUCUCAUCCCAGAUCUUGGGUUAUGGAGUUGCCGGACUCUUGCGAAAAGUCUUGGUGUAUCCAACGAAAUUCUUCUACCCGGUGAACUUACCCAUCAUGUCUCUUCUCGAGACUCUCCAUAGAAAAGAAGCAAAUAACAAGCCACAAUUGAAGAUUUUUUAUUGGGCAUUCUGUAUCAUCUUUGUCUGGGAGGUCAUACCAGAAUAUAUGAUGCCUAUUCUCACUGCAGUAAAUGUUUUCUGCCUUGCGAAAAGGAACAGUAUGGUCUUCACCAAUAUUUUUGGCGGCGGAAACGGGAACGAGGGACUCGGAAUAUUGUCACUGUGUCUUGAUUUCCAGUAUAUCGGCAGCAGUGCUUUAUAUCUGCCGUUAAAGACGCAAGUUAAUACGCUCAUUGGAUACAUCCUCAAUCUGGCUGUUUUCUUGGGUGUUUUCUAUGGAAAUAUUUGGCGAGCAAGGGAUUUUCCUUUCCUCUCCCAGCUUCUAUUCUCACCCACAUCAAACUCGACCAAAUAUGUUGUCUUCAACCAAACAGCUGUGCUUGAUAGCAACGGCCACCUAGACGAAGCAAAAUUGGCUGUUGAAGGUGUCCCGUAUAUGGCUGCGACAUUUGCCUCGUACGUUCUAACCCAGAACAUGGCAAUCACCGCAACUAUUACUCACCUAGUCCUCUACAAUUGGGAUGAUUUGAAAGGCGCCUGGUCUUUCAUGGCGUGGGACAACCUAAAAUCAUUGGCCAAACCAUCCGCGUGGAUGUUUUGGAAGAAGACUGAGGACAUUGAAGAGGAGCUGCGGGACAUGGAUCCCCAUUAUAAACUUAUGCGCCACUAUAAAGAGUGUCCGAACUGGUGGUACGGGAUUGUUCUCUUGAUUUCAAGUGCUGUUGGAUUGGUAUGCAUUUACGAGGCACAUUCAGGAAUGUCCUGGUGGGCAUUCAUCGUAGCUAACAUCCUCGCCUCGAUUAUGAUUCUUUUCACUGGCGCCCAAUUCGGUCUUACUGGGUUCAGCCUUCCUGUUCAGCCUAUCAUUCAGAUGAUUGGAGCUUAUCUCGAGCCGGGAAAUCCUCUCACAAACAUGUACUUCACGCUUUUUGGCUACAACUCUACCAAUCAGGCACUCCUUCUGCUGCAAGAUCUGAAGCUCGGACAGUACGCGAAGCUAAGUCCUCGCUGUACAUUUACCAUGCAAAUGAUAGGGACCCUCGUUGGAGCAAUCCUGAAUUACGUUCUUACCAUCUCCAUCACGAGCGCUCAAAGAGAGAUAUUAUUGUCGAUAGAAGGAACUCACAUCUGGUCCGGUGCAGGUCUUCAAUCAUUUAAUACCCAAGCAGUAACCUGGGGCGGGCUCGCGAAGUAUAUGUAUUCCCGCGGUAGUGUGUACCAAUGGGUACCACUCGGACUGGUGCUCGGCUUCGCCGCGCCGCUUCCCAUUUACCUGCUCCACCGUUUCUACCCCAAAGCCGGCUUCAAUUACCUGAACGUGUCGAUCAUCGCGUGGCAUGUGGGCUGGCUGGUCACGGGGAUCAACUCACCGUGCAUGACCACCUUUGUGGUCGCGUUCUGGAGCCAGUUCUACCUGCGCAAGUACAAGUCCGAGUGGUUCCUGAAGUACAAUUACAUCCUCUGCGCAGGUCUGGACGGGGGCACCCAGGUCGUGGUUUUCAUUCUGUCGUUUGUCUUCUUUGGUGCCAGUGGUAAGCCCAUACCCUUCCCUACCUACUGGGGAAAUAAUGGAGGGAAUAUCGAUUAUUGUAUGGUUGAUCCGGCGAAUGGAUAAGUUGCUGGAAGGAAGUAUGGGCGAUGGCCAGGAUUAGCUAUCAGACAGAAUAGUAGAAAUGACCUUAUAGGCGUGAG